AUGACAACUAAAGUAUUAUUUAUCAUAGUUAUAAGCCUGCUGGUGAUAUGUUGUUUGAGUCCUGUUGCCAACUCAUAUGGAGAGGAAGAUCAAAGUACACCAGGACAUCCACUUUGGAAUGAGCGUGAAGCUCAUGUACUUACAAAUGCUCUAAGAAUUAAUCCACUACAAUACGCCAAGGUGUUCUAUGAGUCUGUGAUGGGCGCGCCAAUUGGACCAAAUGUGUUGACCCCUGCCAAGUAUCCACCAGUUCAUCCAAUCUACUUUGAGUUUGAUCUGAUGCAUGCGUCGUUGGCACAUGACAAUGACAUGAUCACCAAUCUGACUUGCAAGGUGUCUCACAGUGAUUGCAAUGGAACAUCGAUGGGUGAUCGCCUAAAGAAGUUCAUCAGUCCGACCUGUAAUUCAUUCCUCGGUGAGAACAUGGCCAUGGGCAUGUCUGGUGGUCUGUCCGCCAACAACUUGUUGAUAUGUGAAAAGGGUGCGCCACCCUGUCUCACUGACGACCUGCCAUUCGACAAGAUCGGACACAGGGACAACUUGAUGAGUCUGCAAUAUCGCGCCAUGGGCAUUGGCUUGAUGCCAGGUCAGGCCAAGUCCCAGUACUCUUACUAUUGGACGAUGGACUUUAGUAGUUGUCGCGCCAACAUACCUACUGGCUUCCCAGUGCAUGGUGGUUCGCACACGUUCAUCAACUCUAGUGUCGUCUACAUUACCAACUAUUACGAUGUCUACGGAUCGUCCAAUGUUACCGAAGCUUUGAUCCACUUCUCCAAUGGCCAGACCUACCAAAUGUCUUUGGAGUACAACUCCGCCGCCAAGUUUGGCCAGCUCUGGACCUACAGGCCGGCAACUGUUACUGAGUGUCUUGGCUAUAGUUUCGAGUUCAAGACAACCAAUGGUACCUACAUCUAUCCAACUACUGGUCAGCUCCAGACAUUGACCAAGUUGAGCAGUCCUUGCAAGGCUUGGACCAGCAACACUCUUCCUACAUCCUCCACUUCCGCUCCAUCCACCACCACAUCGUCUACGACUGAUCAUCCAAACUCAACCAUGUCCAUCCUCAAUUCAUUCUCCUCCUCCAUCUCUCUCUCUCUGCUCUUGCUCUCUCUCGUCAUCCUAUCAGCCUCUAUGUAA